AUGCGCAUGCCGCAUGCGUCGGGCUCUGGGGCCGAAGGCUGGCGACGCCCGAGCUUGCAGCUCGAGCAUGUCGACGAACGGACAGAGUUUACUGCACGAGGGAGAUCCGUGAAUAGCCGCGUCGGCUCAAUUUUGCUCCACCCUAGCAAAUCGAACGUACCAACUUCUCUCCCGAUCUGUUACUCAACGCAGCUAGGACCGGCGCCCGGAUCCGGCAUUGUGAAGCUCACUCGACGCAGAGACCAUCCGCUGGCAUUCAGCUGCCACCCUAGAUUCCGUUCACUCAUUUCGGACAUGGCCGCCUCCGCGGCGCACCCCAUUUGCGAGGAGACUGGUGCGGUCUUCGACACGCUUUUGGCGAUGGCGCUGUUCGUCCUCGGCUACGUCCUCUUCUCGCCGAGCCUGCGCCUGGCGUUGGCCUGCGCCUUCGGGAACACCCUGGAGCUUUUGUUGCCGCUGCUCCCGGGCAGCGUCCGCGCGAGGGUGCCGAAGGUGCUGCGUGCAGCAACUCCUCGCGCAACCAGGACCGGCGCGCUGGUGGUCCCCAUGGUCCCCCCCUGCAGCAUCGUCCAUGCGUGA